AUGAAACCUUUAAUAAAUUUAGAUUUUAGUGAAGUCAAAUUCGAUAAUGAAUAGAUCCCUAAUUACACAAGAGAAUUCAUGGAUCAAAUGAGAGAUCACAUGUAUCAUGUGAGAAAGUUUGAAGAGAUGUAGAAGAAUCAAAUUCCUAAAUUGAUUCCCCAAAGGCCAAUGAGUGCCUAGGCAAAGAAGGUGAAGACUCACCAAGAAAAACAUAAGUACUUAAAAAAAAAAGAACCCUCUCAAAUCAUACCUAAGCCAUAAGCAACAUCCAAAAAUACUUCAAAUGCCAUUACGCUUGGAUAAACAUAUAUAUCUGAAUCUAUCCCUGUGAUACAAUCUAAUUUAUUGGUUUCUGGUUCAGAUGUAUAACUCCCUAAAUAACCUAAUAGUUCUAAUGUAUGUAAAAAAUAAACACCAAAAGAACAGCACAUCAACAAUAAGCCCCAACAACUUAAGGCCAUAGACUAACCUGUCAAAAAGGAAGUUUAUGGUCUUUUUGAUUGGGAAGACGAAAUUGAUGGGUAAUUUUAUAUUAAAGAAGCUAUCUAAUUACAAGAAAAAAAUAAAAGACUUCAAACAGCUGAAUAAACUAACAGGGAAUAGUUUCUACAAAAAGUAAAGACUUAGAAUGCAUUAUCUCCUAAAGAAGAAAUUCUGAGGCAAUAACAAAUUGAAAUUCAAUAAAAACAAAUGAAAUUGGAAUAGUUAAGAUAGAAUAACAAGGUGGAAUAAGAAAUAGUAAAGACAACAGAGCAAGAAGAUGAUUAUGGCAAUGAUUUUGAGGAUGAGGAUCAAAACAUAAGGUAGCCUAUUCAUUAGGAGGAGGAUGAUUAUGGGAAGGAUGAAUUUGAAGCAUAUGAUGAGGGUAGGAUGCCUGACGAGAAGGAUAAAGAAAAGUAAUAAUAGAAACAAAGUGAAGUUGUGAACAAAAAAUAAUUAAUUCCGCAUAAAACCAAUACAGAUUCCAAAAGCACCUUAACCCAAAACUCUAAGAAAAGAAAGAAGUUUAUGUAUAGACCAAAAAAUGCCAAAGAAAGGAAAUAGGAGUUGGUAGGAAUGAGGGAGGAUCUCGAAAAGAAUAUGAUUUAAAAUGAUCCUGCUUCUGCUUAGUUAUACAAUUUAAUGUAAGAUUCCAAAGAGAAGGAAAAACUCAUGAUUGAGGUUAAUACGAAGAGGAAAGAUGAGUUGGCUUUGGCUCGUCUAACGUUGCAACAAUUAUAAGAAAAAAUAGAUUAAUAAUUACACAUCAUCGAUGUAAUAGGAAUUUUAAUAUCAUUAGGAUUUGGAUAGAAAAGAAAAUUAUGCUCAAUAGAUUAUUGAAAAACUCAAGGAAAAUAGAAACAAGUAAUAAUAAUAAUAUGAUAAUGAGAUUGAAAAAUUCUUGGCUUGUAAAGUGAUUGCAAGAUUGCUCAAAGGCAAGAAGGAUAGAAGAUUGUAUUUAGAGUUAAGACGUUAAAAGUUCAUGAAUAUGCUCAAAUAAUGA